CAAGUGCGACGCCAGUCAGCAGACGGAGAAACUACCUCUGAAAAUGGGACUAAGGGACGAGCUUCUCAAGGCAAUCUGGCAUGCCUUCACAGCCCUGGAUGUGGAUAAAAGUGGGAAAGUGUCAAAAUCUCAGCUGAAGGUGCUUUCCCAUAACCUGUGCACAGUGAUGAAGAUCCCUCAUGAUCCUGUAGCUCUAGAGGAACACUUUAGAGAUGAUGAUGAAGGUCCGGUUUCCAAUCAGGGAUACAUGCCCUACCUGAACAGGUUCAUUCUGGACAAGGUUCAGGACAACUUUGACCGGAUUGAUUUUAACAGGAUGUGCUGGACUCUGUGUGCCAGAAAAAACCUCAACAGAAACCACCUGCUUAUCUCAGAUGACGAUGCCUUUAAGAUCUGGUGUAUUUUCAACUUCCUGUCUGAGGAUAAAUAUCCACUGGUCAUGGUCUCAGAGGAGAUAGAGUACUUCCUUCGUAAACUAACAGAAGCCAUGGGCGGCAGCUGGAUUGAGGAGAAGUUCGAACAGUACAAGCUCCAGCUGAGCAGCAAGCACCAGUGCCUGAAAGUGUGGGAGCUGAUCGAGCUGGUGGGAAUGGGUCACUUCAGUAAAGGCAUGGACCGCCAGACUCUCUCCAUGGGCAUCACUGAAGUGUUCCACGAGCUGAUUCUGGAUGUGCUCAAACAGGGUUACAUGAUGAAAAAGGGACACAAAAGAAAGAACUGGACUGAACGGUGGUUCCUCUUGAAGCCCAGCUUAAUUUCAUACUAUGUCAGUGAAGACCUUACAGAGAAGAAAGGAGACAUACUACUAGAUGGAAACUGCUGUGUUGAGUCGUUACCUGAUAAGGAGGGCAAAAAGUGCCUUUUCUACGUCAAGUGCUCUGACAAAAGCUUUGAAAUCAGCGCCUCCGAUAAGAAGAAAAAACAAGAGUGGAUUCAAGCUAUUCAGACCUGCAUUACACUCUUGAAGGUGGGACGUCCAGCUCCGCACCAUGAGGCCAGGCAGAAGCGGCGAGAGUUACGACAAAAACAACAGGCUGAGCAGGAAGAACUGGAGCUGAGAAUGAGAGAGCUGCAGAUGGCCAACGAGAACAAACAGAGGGAGCUGGAGGCCAUGAGGAAGAAACUGGAGGAGGCAGCAGCCAAUGCAGCAGACGAGGAACGCAGACGUCUGCAGACCCAGAACGAGCUGCAGGAUCUGUAUCGGCUGGAAAUGGAGAAAGAGAAAAUGGUACGACAGCAAAUGGAGGAACAGGUGGCUCAGAAGUCCAAUGAGCUAGAGCAGUAUCUGCAGCGCGUCCGUGAACUGGAGAACAUGUACCACAGCUUAGAAGAAGCACUGGAGGAGGAAAGACAGGCCAGACAGGAUGAGGAAACUGUCCGAAAACUACAGGCCAGGCUGCUGGAGGAGGAAGUGUCCAAGCGUGCAGAGCUGGAGGAGAUUCACCUCUAUCAGCAGCAGACCAUUUCUCAGACACAGGCAGAGAAGCAGGAGCUGGAGCGAGAGCGUCUGGCCAAGGAGAGCGCUUUAGAGUCCGCCAUGCAGCAGCUGCAUCAGCUGGAGGCAGACAGACAGGGAGCUCUGGAGCAAUAUCAGGAGGUCAUGAAGAAACUAUCAGAUGCUGCCAAUAAUACAAAGAGCUGGAAGGACAAAGUGGCUCAGCAUGAAGGACUCAUAAGACUCAUUCAGCCAGGUCCUAAAUACCCUCAGAAAAUCACAAACUGGGGACCUGCAGCAUUUACAGACGCAGAACUCAACCUGAGAGAGAAGGACUGGCAGGAGAAGAAAAACAGGCCUGCUACACCGCAGUAGUGCUCUUACAGUGCUGUUUAUGCGGUGUUACUGUAGACAGUCACUAGUGAAGUAUAUUUACUGCCUCUGUGGGGUUAGUCAGUCUCUGACCACACUAAAACUGUAGGCCACUGAACUUUACACAAGUUCAGUCUGGUCUCAUCGCUCCUGUCUCUACCGUAACAUUCAGUGUCAUUUUAGCCUCUGCUUUUAAACGUUUUAUACAAUUUGUUUGUAUGAUGAUCUACAUCUUGUGAAUGUGUUCAUUUCGGUGCAUUUCCACCAAAGUAAAGGCAGAUGUUUCUUCCCUGUAGUUCAUGAGUUUAGUUUAUGUUUUCAUUUUUAUAAAAGUGAAAUAAUGGAAAUAACUUCUCUGACCAAGUAACAUUUAAAAAACACACUUAUCAUUUUACACUGUGCAGUCAUUUCUAAUUUAGCUUUUCAGAAAUGUCAGUUUUACAUUUGAAAUUGUCACUCGGCAUGCAAAAUUAAACUAAUGAACUAACUGUUCUACUUUACUAGAACAGUUGACGUAGCAGAAAUGUAUGAAAGUGUUUACUACACUGUAAAGGCAGUCUCAUUGAAGAAGACAUGAUUGCAGUAUUAACUAAUUUAUACUCUCAAGUUAUUAACAAAACUGAAUUUUUGGGAUUGUUCUUUCAGUCGUGUAUAUUUCUGUACCAAACUGAUGCGUUUGCUUUCAAACUAAUGUCCCGAUUUAGGACCUGAGACUGUACUGUUUAUCAUUCAAUAAAAAGGGAUUAUUUAA